UCGUCCUCGGUCUAGUGAUACAGCGACAUGCCCAUGGGGUAGGCCUGGGUCCCGUAUCGAACCCCUCCGGAACAGCCAUAAAGUAGCACAGGGCCACUCGGCAGAAAGCCACCUAACCACCAAACCACACUCCCCAUUGCAGCUUCCUGGGUCUCAAUCCCACUUUAGAAUGUCCUUCGCCGUUCAAGGCCGAGCUGCUAUCGUGACGGGGGCAGGUUCAGGAAUUAACCUGUCCUUCGCCAAACUUCUCCUCGAGCAUGGAUGCAAUGUCCUGUUCGCCGAUCUAGCCCUACGUCCAGAGGCAAAGACGCUAGUGGAUCAAUACUCAGCGAAGGGCAAGACGCCACGAGCCGUCUUCCAGCGGACCGACGUGACCGAUUGGCAACAGCUCGAGCACAUGUUCGAGGUAGCAGAGCAGGAAUUUGGGGAGCUCGAUAUUGUGUGUCCUGGCGCAGGCAUCUUUGAACCGCACUGGACCAACUUCUGGCGUCCUCCGGGAACCCCUGAAAGCCGUGACCCGCGGUAUGGAGGCCGCUAUGCCCUCCUCGAUAUCAAUCUCACGCAUCCGAUUCGUACGACACAGCUAGCCAUUGCCCAUUUUCUACGCCAUGGGAACAAGCAGCGACGCAAGCACAUCGUCCACAUCUCCAGUAUUGCCGGCCAGAACCCCAACUUCAUCGCCCCGAUCUAUGUUGCCACGAAACACGGCAUCAAUGGUUUGGUACGGUCGUUGGCUGGCCUGGACCAGGAGUGCGGAAUCCGUAUCACAGCUGUUGCGCCGGGAGUUAUCAAGACGCCGUUGUGGACGGACCAUCCUGAAAAGCUCAAGGUAGUGAAUGAAGGGGCGGAUGCAUGGGUAACUCCAGAAGAAGUAGCACAGGUCAUGCUGGCGCUUAUCCAACAGGACAAGGUGAGCGGUAUCAUUGGGGAUCAGAGUGGUCGUGGUCCCCAGUACCCAGUCAGUGGUGGAACUAUCCUGGAGGUCUCCAAGACAGUUCGGGCAGUAGAGCCUUUCAAUGAUGCUGGGCCUGGAGAUCGUCCAGGAAAUACGGUCUCCGAUAACAGUGCAGUGAUUAAUGAGACACUUGCUCCAGUCCCGCUUCCAGUCCCGCUUCCCAUCUUAGUACCCAUCGGUCGCAGACACGGCGGCAAAGGGAAACGAAGCAUCGGACAUCAUGGCGAUGCCAGCUGGGUCAGCUGUGUGAUCAACUUGGUCAACACAAUUAUCGGUGCCGGUGUUAUGGCCAUGCCGCUAGCCAUCUCUCACAUGGGAAUCGUCCUCGGUGUCUUUGUGAUUCUAUGGUCAGGAAUGACCGCAGGUUUCGGUCUAUAUCUCCAGUCUUUAUGUGCCCGAUAUCUCGAACGAGGCACUGCAUCCUUCUUCGCCUUAUCCCAGAUCACCUAUCCUAAUAUCGCUGUCAUCUUCGAUGCCGCCAUUGCGGUCAAAUGCUUCGGAGUCGGUAUCAGCUACCUCAUCAUCAUUGGCGAUCUGAUGCCGGGCGUGGUUCAAGGAUUCGUUGGAGGUGCUCCCGACUAUGACUUUUUGGUGGACCGGCAUUUCUGGGUAACGGCCUUCAUGCUCAUCGUUAUCCCUCUCUCAUACCUCCGUCGCUUGGAUUCGCUCAAAUACACAAGUAUUGCAGCUCUGGUCUCGAUGGCCUAUUUGGUGGUAUUGGUCGUAUACCACUUUGUGAAAGGGGACACCAUGGAGGACCGUGGUCCGGUUCGAGUGAUUCACUGGGCAGGCCCUGUGCCUACCCUCAGCAGUCUGCCUGUCAUUGUUUUCGCGUUUACAUGCCAUCAGAACAUGUUCUCAAUUUUGAACGAGAUCGGCAACAACAGCCAUUUCCGAACCACCGGUGUUGUCCUGGCCAGUAUCGGUAGUUCUGCCGCCACAUACAUUCUUGUCGCUAUCACUGGGUACCUCUCCUUUGGAAACAGUGUCGGCGGAAAUAUCGUGAGCAUGUACCCACCGGGUCUUUGGGCUACGAUUGGCCGCGCUGCUAUCGUCAUGCUUGUCAUGUUCUCGUAUCCUCUUCAGUGCCACCCGUGCCGGGCCUCCGUUGACGCAGUGCUGCGCUGGAGGCCCAAGUCCUCGUCCAAUAGCGACACCGCCCCUCAUCGGAACCCUCUCCUGGGCCAGAGGGGCGGCCGAACUGCGGAGCCGAUGAGUGACCUCCGAUUCUCGAUCAUUACGACUACCAUCCUUGUACUGAGCUACAUUGUGGCCAUGACUGUGUCUUCUUUGGAAGCUGUUCUUGCCUAUGUCGGCAGCACAGGAAGCACCAGCAUUAGUUUUAUCCUCCCGGGAUUAUUCUACUACAAGAUCUCCUCUCCCGACUCGCCCCACCACCAGCGUCUGAUGAAAGAAGACGACGAAGCAGCGGAAGGUAUGCUGUCCGACGAUAGCAACGACGAAGAUGGAGAAGAGAGCGUGCAGGCACGCCCCCUAACCGACAGCGGCAUCCUCCGCCGAGGAAAACGCCACUGGCGCCGAACCCUACUACGAAAGUUGAGUUUGGCACUCGUAGUAUACGGAGUGGUGGUUAUGGUCGUAUGCCUGAUCACGAACUCUGUUUUCAUUGCUUCUCACUAGACGGGUUUUGGUUUGGUUUUGGAUGCGGGGAAGGUGAAAAAAGAUCUGGAUGCGUUCCAUUUCCGUCCAUUAGCUUUUUGGCCCUCGUGUGAGGUGACCUUUUCCGCUUUCCUACUAAAUUUAGACACUCCCUACCAAUCUUCUUUUCUUAGGUUUAUUUCUUUGUUUCUUGCAUCUAUUGGUUUCCUUUCGGGUUUGCGAUCUAGAUCUGGGCUCUUUUCGUCCUACGGUUACAAUGUUGGGGUUUCUGCACGCUAUACCAUUGCACCGGCGUUGGGGUUCGUGUUUGGUCCGGUUUAGAUCAACAUCCUAAACCUUGGAAUAUAUCUUUUCAAUCUAAUUGAUGCCUUUACUUUCUUACCAAUCCAUCUCUCUUACUUUUGGCCUGAUCUUGUCGGCUGGUCUUGGUUCUGUUAAGUUACUACGUCCUAUGAACCUGGUUUCUUGCUUUCCAUAGACAGAUACUCCGGUUCAAAUGAAUACAGAACUUAUUGAAGUCG